AUGUCAACCGCAUUAUUACCAGUCAUUCAAACUCAACUUGUUCGCUUUGGAACUACGGUUAUAUUAUUUCUGGGUUGUUUUGGUAAUGGAUAUGUUGUAUUUCUUUUCAUUCGACAUCGUAAGAAUGCUUGUGCGAUGUUUCUAUUAAGUGCAGCGGUAAUGAAUAUUAUUUAUCUCGUCUUUAGUAUUCCUCUCACAGUAUAUACUUAUGAAUAUGGUGAUCCAUCAUUAUAUUCAAUGAGUCUAUGUAAAUUACGUUAUUAUCUGUUUCAUGUGUGGGGUCAAAUGUCUAGAUAUUUCAUUCUUCUCGCAUGUAUUGAUCGCUUUGCUUUAACACAUAUGAAUGCAAACAUGCGAGCAUUAAGUCAACCACAUAUAGCUCGACGUUGGAUUGUUAUUACGACUAUUUUUUGGCAUUUAUUUGCUUUGCAUAUUGUGAUUAUGACAACUGUGAAGAAUGGACGAUGUGGUUAUUUUGAUCUUUAUUCAACGUUGAAUAGUAUCUAUGUUUUGAUAUUUGUUUGUUUAUUGCCACCAGUAGGUAUGGGUAUAUUUGGAUAUUUAGCUUUAUUGAAUAUGAAACGAUUGCAUAAUCGCGUACAAACAACUGGAACUGCGAAUGCGAGCAUUGUUAUUCAUCGACAAGAUCGAAAUUUAUUAGUAAUGGUAUUAGCCGAAGUCCUGAUCUAUGUUGUGACAAUGAGUCUAUAUCCAGCGAUUAUUCUUGAAUUAGCAGUAACCAAUCCUAUGGCUACUAGCAAAAGUCUUCAACAAGUGCAAAUUGAAAACUUUAUUCUCUUCAUUGCACAAAUUCUUAUUUAUAUCAAUACCUCAGCACCGUUUUAUAUCUAUUUAACUGUUUCGAAAACUUUUCGUAAAGAUUUCAAAGAAACGUUCAAUAUUUUUAUUCAUACAUCAUAA